CCAGUGGGGGCUUACUAGCACCAGGUGAGUGCCCACUGAAGAGCAGCCCGGCCCACUUGGAAGGGGCUCUGGGAGUGGGGCCUGCCUGAAAGUGGCCAGGAACCAGCAGUGCCCAAGUGACUAUCAGAGAGGGCAGGGUGGUAUCACUUGGAUGAGUGGCCCGAUCUGUGGUCCAUCAAGCACGGGUGUGGUUGUAGCCCUUGUAUCCUGGCAGCAGUGUUUGGCAGAGUGGUAAAGGGUGGGGGGUGCACCUUCUAGGGGCAUCUAGUUCUUCUGUAUUCCGGUGAGAUUGUGGGAGGGAAGAGGAGGGGUCCCUCAGGCUGGUGGGCAUUGGCAGGCAGAGCCGAGGGCCCUGAGAGGAGGAAGCCUGCCAGCCAAGCAUGGGGGCCUCUCCCUGGGAACCAACAAAAGCCAGGGGAGCCUGGGGAGGGUGUGGGGCCCUUGUUGUUUGUUCCUGGCCCGUGCUAGCAUAACCAUCUCCCCACUUUCCCAGUCCGGCCGCCGCCCAUGCUGUUUCCUCCUGGGCUGCUGGGGGCCGUUGGGCUCGGGCUUCCGGGCAUCCAGAGCCGCAGCAGUGAGGGUGUGGGGGGUCGCCUUUCUGUUCUCCACCCCUUCCCACCCAGGCUGGGUUUCCGGAUGGGGGAAGUUGUGCCACCAGCAAACGUGAUUACCCAGCAUCUGUGCCCCUCCCUGCUGGGAGAUGCCCUCACCACGGGCCCAGCCUCCCCCAGUGGGGACAGCAGGUGUGAGCAGGGCUUUCACCCAGCCCUGAAGAUCAGGCUCGCGUUGCUCGCUCCCACACCUCCCCAUCCAGGUCACUCCAGCUGGCCUGGCCUCCUAAAUGGAGCGUUGGGGUCAAGAGGCCAUGAGGAGUGCUGCCGAGCACAGAAUGGACCCAGCGGGGAGGCGGCGGCUCUCCCCACUCCUGACACAUCUCCAGGAGUACUCAGCACCGGAAACCAAAUGAACCAUGUGGCGAGGACAGUGCUGUGGAGCCGGUGGCCUCUGCCCAGCACAGGACCCUCCCACCCAGGCAGACAGCCAUGGCUGCUCACCCAGAACCUGGGAACCUGCUGCAGGUUUGCAGUCAGACCUUUGGAAGGAGAGGGAUGUGACUUUGGCCGUGGCCUGCCCCUCCCUCCUCAGAUUCUCAGGCCUGGAGGGGAGACUGCCCAUGUCUUUGGCUCAUUCCCUCCUGCACAGAGUAACCAUGGGGGGCACCUCGGAGAAGAGGCCCAGGCCAGCAGGAAGACAGACACUGAGCCAGCAGAGUGGAGGGAGGAGAGUUGUGUUUUGUCUCAUUCCCUCCUGGUGCCACCCUGCGACCAGCCCCACUCCUACCUACAGGGCUGUGACACCCUGGCGGUGCAAACACCGUGCGGCCGCCUUCAGAGCCGCAGGGCCCGGAUCCAUCAGCAGAUCAACAAGGAGCUACGGAUGCGGACGGGGGCUGAGAACCUCUACAGGGCUAGAGCUUCACCUCAGCCUGGCCUCCCCAGAGCCACCAGCAAUGCCAGGGUCAGGGAGACGGUGGCCCUGGAGCUGAGCUACGUCAACUCCAGCCUGCAGCUGCUGAAGGAAGAAUUGGAGGAGCUCAACUGCAGCGUGGACACGGACACGCCUGAUAGGGAAGGUGCCACUGUCCCCAUGAUUCCCCUGGGGCUGAAGGAGACCAAGGAGCUGGAUUGGUCCACAGCCCUGAAGGAACUGAUCUCUGGGCACUUUGGAGAGGAUGGCGCCUCCUAUGAGACGGAAAUCAGGGAGCUGACAAACCUGCGGCAGGCCGUGCGGACCCCCAGCCGGAGUGAGUCUGGCCUGGAGCUGCUCACGGCAUACUACAACCAGCUCUGCCUCCUGGACGCUCGCUUCGUCACCCCUGCCCGGAGCCUGGGGCUGCUCUUCCAGUGGUAUGACUCGCUCACAGGGGUCCCGGCCCAGCAGCGGGCGCUAGCCUUCGAGAAGGGCAGUGUGCUCUUCAACAUCGGAGCCCUCCACACCCAGAUCGGGGCACGCCAGGACCGUGGCUGCCCCACGGGCACCAGCCGCGCCGCGGAGUCCUUCCAGAGGGCUGCUGGGGCCUUCAACCUCCUGAGGCAGAAGUUCUCCCGUGCACCCAGCCCGGACAUGAGCCCCGCCUCACUGUCCAUGCUGGAGCAGCUCAUGGCCGCCCAGGCUCAGGAGUGUGUCUUUGAGGGCCUCUCGCUUCCAGCCCCUACGGCGCCCCGUGACUGCCUGGCCCAGCUGCACCUGGCUCAGGAGGCCGCCCAGGUGGCGGCCCAGUAUGAGCUGGUACACCAGGCCAUGAUCCAGCCUCCCGUGUGCAACUAUGUUCCCUUCCCCUGGACCACCCUGGUGCACGUCAAGGCCAAGCACUUCCACUCCCUGGCCCACUACCACGCGGCCGUGGCCCUGUGCGACAGCCCCUCCGCUGAGGCAGAACUCCUGGCACCGGAGCAGGUCUUCCUCGGGCCCCUGCCCCCAUCUGAGCCCCGGGGCCUCACGCUGCCGCAGGAGCGUGAGGAGCGCAGGAAGCUAGGCAAGGCCCACCUAAAGCGUGCCAUCCUGGGGCAAGAGGAGGCUCUGCGGCUGCAUGCCCUGGGCCGUGCCCUGCGCAGGGUGGACCUCCUGCAGGCCGUGCUGGGCCAGGCGCUGCGGUGCUCGCUGACCAGGUACUCGGAGCUGGAUCUCGAGGACGACUUCUUCGAGGCUACCGAGGCCCCCGACAUCCAGCCUAAGACACACCGGACUCUGGAGGUCAGGGCACCCAGCUUUUCCCGGGUGAAGGUGGCUGAUAUCUUCCACCGGCUGGGGCCCCUGUCUGUGUUCUCAGCCAAGAACCGCUGGCGGCUGGUAGGGCCCGUCCAUGUGACCCGAGGGGAGAGUGGCUUUGGCUUCACACUGCGGGGAGACUCACCGGUCCUCAUCGCUGCUGUCAUUCCGGGGGGCCAUGCUGCGGCAGCUGGCCUGCAGGAGGGCGACUACAUCGUGUCUGUGAAUGGGCAGCCGUGUAAGUGGUGGAAGCACGCCGAGGUGGUGGCCCAGCUGAAGGGCGUGGGUGACGAGGGCGUGAGCCUGCAGGUGGUGACGCUGCUGCCCAGCACUGAGCCACCCAGCACAGGGGACCGCCGGCCAGCCCUGCGGGGGCUUCUGAGGAACCAGAAGGAGUGUGGCUGGGGCACCUCAGUGCCUGUGCGAACCAGCCCCAGGCCCCUCCUUGGCUGGGGCCGCAAGGCCAAGAGGGACAAGACUGCAGGGGGGCUGUCCCCAGCCUCCCAGCCCUGAGCUGCGCCACCUUCACCCUCUGGGCGCCCAGGGAGCCAGUGAGGGGCAGGCUCCCCACACACCUGGGCCCCAGUGCAGGCCCCAGCUGGCUGGGAGCCGGGGCACCCUGGUGCCCUCCCCCAGCCCGGAGGACUUGCAGGUCAGUUUGCUGCUCAGCCCAGUGACUGAGCUGCCCCAUUAAAGACAGUGUCAGAUGAGGUGUGUCUGAGGCCAUCGGGGGGCGGCGCUAUCCCCACACAUGGGAAGUGUCACUGUCACCCUGGACACCGAAUCCCAGGGACCAGGAGGCUGCCUCUGGGCUGCCCUGUGGAGGGUCAGGGGGUGUCCACCCGCUUGCCUUGGAGCCUGAAGGAGCCGUCUUGGAGAGCUUGGGCAGGGCGGAGUGAUGUCUGUAGGGGGUCCCUGCAACCUGGAUUCUCACUCCUCUUUCGGGAAGCUCCCGGCGUUCCCCCAGCUGGCCUGUCUGCCUCCUCCGGCCACCCAACAUGCCAUACCCCUUCAUACCGUCCCUCAGAGAUGGUCUGCCCCAAGCCAAGCUUCUGCUGGCACACAGUGGCACCUGCCAGGCACUUCUCCAACGGCCCACCGGGCACCCCUCCACUGGCCCGCCAGGCACCCCACAGUCUGGACAAGGCUCAGCUCCCCGCCUGGCCUCCAGGCCUCCUUGCCCUGUCCAUCCCUUCACUCAGCAACCCUAGGUGCCCACCUGACCUUUCCUCUGGGUAGGGCCCCAGCCAAGGCCCACUCCCGCAACACCUGUGACUGGCCCCCUCGGUGCACAGAACAGGGACCCCACAUCCUGACACGGCCCUCGUUGUGCAUCGAGGGCUUAGCUCUCAUACCAACCCUGCACCUGCUGCUCAGUCGCUGCUGCUCCCCCUAAACCAGCCGGCCAGACCCAGCGGCCCCGCCCCGUUAGCGUCCCGCCAAGCUCCGCCCCCUCAUUUAUCCUGGCUCCGCCCCACCCUGUCCGGUCCCUGCCUCUCCCUCACCCUGGCCGGGUCCUACUUCCUGGGCCCUGAGUUCGCCGCUCCAGCUCUAGGACAGAUGGCCAUGAGGCUAUGUCAUUCCCUUGCGACCGGGACUGGCACCGAGGGGCACCCCCAGCCCGCCUCGGGCCCUCCUAGGGCUUCACACUCACGAUGUCCCUGCGGCACCUGCUGGGCUCCUGGGUCUGUGAGCCCUCAGUGUCCCCGAGCUGCAUGCACGGCGGAACGGCCCCAGAGGUCAUCGGCAGGCACACUGACCAGGUCGCGUAGAAGGUGGCUCAGGACCUGGGCCCAAAGGGAGGAGUGGGAAGGGCCGCGGGAGUCGCAGGCCCAGGAGAAGCCACGUGGAGGGGGCUCUAGUCGGCAGGCUUGGGCAAACUGGGUUGGGAUCCCGUCUGGCCGGGGUCUGUGUGGCCACCGGGGGGCAGCCGCGGCCCACUCAAGCAGCCUCAGGAGGCGGGAUUUGGGGCGGGGCAGACAGCAGAUCCAGGCCAGCAAAGAUGCACCCCCGCAGGCUGAGUCCCUCCUCCCUCUCCACUCUCCAGAUGUCGUCGCUGCCUCCGCUGUGGGGUCCCUAGACAGGAACAGCCCAUGGAACCUGGUCCCUGAGUUCACCACUUCUUUCCUUUAAUGCUAUUGUCAGGGUCUCGAAUGGGGCUUGGGGUGAGCAUUGGGUUAAUGCUGGGGAGGAGUGAAGGAUGAGUGGGUGUGAUGAGUGU